UAUCAUCUGACCCUAAAAGGUCACCGAGGUUAGCCCGGGAAAGACAUUGAUCUGUUUGCCUCGAUUUUGGAAUAGCUAAACUUCUCGCCCAGCUUCCUCUCCCUAUUCUGGUUGGACGCAUACGGAAACUCGUCAUGGAUGCUUCAUUGAAUCAAACUCUCGCGCAGGAGAAACCGGCAUGCGCACAUUCUAACCACGAAGACAACCUUCAGCUCAUACAAAUCCCAGCAGAUCGGAAUCCCCUACUAGAGAAAUUGCUACCUUCAGACUCCGAUGGGGGAUCAGACAGUGUCUCCAAUUUCUCAACCCUUGAGACAAACACGAAUGCCAGCAUCAGUCAAGUAGAUGACUGCGACCAGUUAGGAAGCAACUUAUGGAGCGGUGCAGACUGCUACGGAAGUGAUAGCAAGCUUGGCAAACAAGUCGACAACUUCUUCCAAGCCGUCGGUUGGCAAGCCCUGGCAUCGAUCGCCACAGACUACCGAGAUGGCAUACAAUGUAGUUAUGCUGACCCGGACACAUAUUCUAUCGGACAGUUCAACAUGGUCCGGCGCCUUGACUUCGUUGAUGGUGUUCGCUGGGUGGCCCGUGUGCGACUACCUCCUGAAGCUACACACUUUCCUCUUGGGCGAUACAAUAGCCAGAGGGCCUUUGAGACCGAGGUGGCCAGCAUGAAAUUUUUCAAGUCGAAAUCGGAUAUUCCAGUCCCUGAAGUCUUUGUAUACGACCCUGACAGUUCCAAUAGCAUUGGCGCGCCUUACAUGCUCAUUGAAUACAUCCAUGGCACCACCGCCGAGGAUCUUCGGUCCAUCAGAAACUCAGAGCCCUCGAUUUUUGGAACAUCAGAGCAAGACCAGAAGUUUCGACAACAGAUGGCCAGCAUCCAAGCACGAGUGCUCACAUUUCAAUUUCCCAAAAUCGGCAGCCUCUAUCACGACGAAAGCACAGACAGUUUCUACAUUGGCCCAGACAUGAAUACUGGCAUGGGGCCAUGGGGAACGCCUGCCGAGUAUUAUAAGGACCUGACUGACUCUCUCUUGAAACAAUCUGCCGCGCGUAGAUGCAGGGAUCCGGAAAAAGAGAAAUUCUUCUGUGCUCCUGCGCUUUUGAAUCAUCUCAUGAGUCUCUAUGGCCAGGGUUGCAAUGGUCAAUAUAGCCUCGUCAAUCGUGACUUUGGAGCUCAUAACAUUCUCGUAGACGGCGACUUCAAUAUUGUAGGUGUGAUCGAUCUGGACAGCGUAUUUGCUGGCCCGCUUGAGGCUGUUGCCCAGUACCCCGGGUUCUGUGGUUUGGACCCCGAACCACCCGGAAUAGUUGAGACAAACCCCUACGCGCUGAAAAGAAUCGAGAUCAUGACGCCUCAACUAGAAGAAUACAAGAAUUUGCUGAUGCGAUAUGAGGCUAUGUUCAGAAAUGGCAUGGCUUCGAUAAGCAGUAUGCUUGGAUCUCGUGGCGCCAUGAUUCACCUAGGCUUCGAGAGCUGCGGCGAGGUAUUCGGGUUCCAGAAUGAAGUAUGGUUUUCAUCGGCGGUGGCGAUGCUAAAGGAGCAUGCCAUCACUCAAUGUAACUAACGGGUUAUGGGUGCAUGGUAAUAAUUGAUUCUUA